UAAGUUUUCUCUAAACCUACUGCCUAUUUCCAUCUCUUCACAUAUUUGAUUGCUGGAAUCACAGAUGGAAGAAUCUUGUGAUGGAGAGAGUGAAGCGAUGCUGCAUCAACCUCUCAAUAUUGACUUGCCUUCUAGCUCUGACAUUGAUGUUAGCUCUAUGGUUUCUAUGAAGGAGGGUUGUGAAUCGCCUUUUUCGUCGUGGGAUUCUGAACCCGAAAACGAUAUCUCGCCCGAGAAAUCCCUUCAGGAUACUAACCUUGAAGGAAACUCUCUUGAUGUGGAAGAGAAUAACCGUUUUGUUGGGGUGGAAAACGUAGAUGAUGGCUUUUUGUGGGAGGUGGACAAUAGAAGUUACGACGAGUUGCUCAAAAAGUUCAUUGAAAAGGAGGAAGAGCUGAGAGUUUCCAAUUUAAAGCUUCAACUUUCGGAGCAAGAGAUUGUCAAGUUGGAGGUUCAAGCUGAGAAUAGGGAGAUUCAGAUUAAUGAUGUGUGUGAAAAAUUGGAGUUGAAAGAGGAGGAGUUGAAUGAACAAAAGAAGCUUUUAGAAGAAGAGAUUUUCAAGUUGAAGAAUCAAAUUAAAGAAAAUGAGAACCAACUUGAUCUGAAUAAGGAGGAGUUGAAAAAAAAAACUGCUAAAUUGGAUACUCAUGUUCCGAAAAUUUUCGACAAGAUUAGAAAUGUGACGGAACAACUAGAAGCGGCUCAUAAGAAACUCAAGAUUUCAACCGAUGAAGUUGAAGUUUUACGAAAGGAACUUGGUAUUAAGUCAUCUAUGAAUAAUCAAUUGCAAUGUCAGAUUAAAGAGGAAAAGAGAAAUAGGUAUAUAUUAGAAAACUUGGUUAUGAAGAAUGACGAUGAUAACAUUAACCACAAGGAGGAGUUGAGAAAAUUGAAUGGGAGCCUGGCUGAUUCGCGUAUUUCGUUCUUUUCUGAGAAAAAACAAUUGACUCUUAAACUAGAGGAUUGUGAGGCUAGAAACAAGGUAUUAGAACAAAAAGUUAUACGAAAUGAAGUUGAAAGUUUGAAUCAUUUUAAAGAUGAAAUCAGGUAUUUGAGAAAAAGACUUGCUGAGAGAAAGAAUGAACUAGAAGCUGCAAAUAGGAAAUCAGAGAAAGUAAUGAUUGAAAUAGAUGAAGCCAAUGUCAAGAUUGAUAAGCUUAAGGCUGAGAUAUGUUCCCGCGACGAUGAAAUAUCAGAUAUGAAGAAAUGUAUGAACGAGAUAAGCGCGUCGCGAGAGGAGCUGGUGGUGGACUAUAGAGCUAAAUUGAAUGAAGAAAAUGAGUUGCAAUUGAGAGUAGAUGAACUUGAAGAAACGGUGAUUGAUCAGAAUGGUGUGAUCUGGAAAAUGGCUGAGGAGAAGAAGGAGGCAAUUAGAGAACUAUGUAAUUCACUUGAGCACUAUAAGAGUGGAUAUAAUGAAGUUAUGCAAGCAUAUGAAAGUUUAUAUGCAUCGCGGGGCACACACUGUUUUAGCUUCCUAGUUUAACAUUUAGGUGUGUCUUGUGUCCUGUUGUUUGAUUUUGUUUUGUUUGGUAGAUUUUGGAUGUUAUUGGUUUUUUCAUAUUUAGCUCUUAUUCAUUUAUGCUAUGCACCUUAACAUUAGAUAAUAAUGUGUUUCCUCCUAUUGAUUGUAGUAGGAGAAACAAUCAC